CUCACAAAAGUUUGUUUUGGGUUUUGAUUGCUGAAUUUUGACUGCCUAUCAUCCUUUGAACCAGUGAAAGAACUCUAAGUGACCAUCUAAAAAUCGUGAGCUAAACACUUUGAGAGUGUGAGGAUUUUUAUUUGCUAACUUUGUUAAGUGUUUCAGGAUGUUUGGACUUCUCAAAAAAUCAAAACCACUACAAGAUGAUGUCUACUUUCCUUUUAAAACUGUUGUUGAAAAGAAGCAAUUGAUUUUUGACAAGAGACAGUUUGCUUCUAACGAAUUUGAUUUUGUGCAGAAACAAAGGAAGAGACAAAACAGGUCCAAUGAUGAGAAGUGGGUCAGAAGUGGUGAUCGUCCCUUCACCAAAGCCAAGAGAAGCAACCGUGUAGUGCUUGAUCAAAACGAGCUUCAAACUUAUGCUAUUUUGGAGAAGAUGUUGCAUAAGGCAAUUCAUGCUAUCCGACAGCUCAAAAAGAAGGGAAACACCAACACUUCUUCGGCACCAAAACAGCAAUGUAAGUCUUCUUAUCUUUCAAAUUCUGAUUUGAAAACUAAUGAGAUUUCUUUUGAUAAAAGCAAAGCUGUGAAACCCACAAGCAAAGCUCAUUCCACCAGGUGCUUCAAAUGCCAUAGGAUCGGUCAUUAUGCUAACAAGUGUCAAAAGCAAAAACCGUUGGUGACUUUGGAGAAUGAGAACCUUGAAACCGAGCCAGAAAAGGAAGAGCCUUUGCCAAUUCAAAUACCGGACCAAACUCAAGAUUUGAGGACAAAUCUUUUUGAAGAGGAAGGGAAUGAUGUGCCCUGGUUCGUGGAUCAGUCCAUUGGAGCCAACCAGCAUGGAGAUCAGGAUGUUCUGAACAAUUUGACCGAGGUUCGUUCAUCCGACCGUACCGAUCAGACUGACCAAGCCGUUCCGCGUGCGUCCCGAUUGGAGCUUCGGCUGGAACCACGUCCAGACGACCUAACCGACCGAACCACAGCCCGUCUUCCCCAACCAACUCGACAUUCUAAAACCCACGGUCGAGCCAGACUUAGCUUGGGUCGUGAAGAAACCAAAGACGGACAUGCAUUCUUAUCUGGCGGACCAUCCGGACAGUCCCGCAAGCGUCCUUAUCUUUACCCCGUGCAUCCAUCUGGUUCGGAUGAACCUGGACAUCUUGACUAGUCUUCUCCAUUUUCCGUGCCUUGACCAGAUCUAGUCUUCUCCAUUUUCCGUGCCUUGACCAGAUCUAGUCUUCUCCAUUUUCCGUGUCUUGACCAGAUCUAGUCUUCUCCAUUUUCCGUGCCUUGACUAGAUCUAGUCAAAUUUAUAUUUUCUAUGCAUUGUUUUCCUACAUUUCUAUUUAUUGUCUUUGACUACAAAACACUAUAAAUAUGUAGUCCCUUUGAUGAAUAAAAGCAGUUCAUUUU